GCACGUUGUCACCGCUUUCUCAGACCAUCGCGCGUCGCAGUUCAACUGUGAAACCGUGGAUCCCCCGGAACAUUUCAAGCGAUCUGUCCCCAUGUCGAAGGCACCAGAGGUAUCUGAGGAGAAUCGUGAGCAGACCGAAAUGCAGCCAGCAAUGCCGGAGGAGGAGGAGACUGCCUCCAUUGUGUCGGAAGCCGAAGGUGAUGCGCCGAUCGAGGAUGGGGGUGAGGUCGAAGGCCAAUCUACUGCAGGGAACUCAAACUUUGGGGAAACUAUGAAUGUCCUCAAAAUGAAUUCGACCGACAUCACCUUGCUGCGGACAUCCUUCGAUUUGCUCCUGCAUGCCAUGGGCAACGACCGUGAAGCCGUUGGGGACGCCAUCUAUGGCACCAAGAUCGGCGCAUUGGUGGCUAUCAAGGACAGCUUUACAACUCCUCGUGCAGUUGUUUCCUUGCGUUUCUUCAAUUGCUUCCGCUUGCUCCUGGAGAAGGCCGAAGAUCCGGAUGAAUUGAAGAUCUAUGUGGAGACUUUGGCCUUUAAGCAUUUGCAAAGCGAGAUUACCGAGAGGCGUGUGGAUUCCGUGAUCGACGCCUUUCUGGAAUUGUUGACGCAAAACGUGCCCAAACUUCCCCCUGGGUCUCAUGCUGCCUGGCGUACGAUGUUGAGCUACUGCGGCUCCUGCUACAGGUUUGUGGGCGAUAGCUAUGGCGAGCGCUUGCGUGUCAUCAAGGAAGACUGGGCGAUUGUUCAGCAAGCGUCUUCAAAGAAGGAGGACAAGGAGGAAAAAGAGGGACAAGAAGGGGAGAAGGAGAAUAAAGAAGGAGAGGAGGAGGAAGAGGACAACAGGGACGCAGGGGCUGAGACCUUCAGUUUCGGUCGCAUGUGCGCCUUCAGCAACGAAGUCAUGGGACAGAAGACGGAAGGUUGGAUGUUGGAAUUGCUGCAGGUCUUUAACGUGUUGGUAGACAUGAUCUCCAGCCCAGUGCACCUUCAAGAGGAGUGCGACUUGUUGGCCAUCAACUUGAUCACAAAGUCCAACAACAUUGACUUCGAAAAGUUCAAGCCUGUGAUGCUUGCGGCUUUGCGAUCCCUGCUGCCAAAACAAUGGAGCACGCUUCACGAAAACGCCUGGGAGUGGUUGUGGAUGACCGUUGCCCGCAACUUGAACGAGUCCACCAUGAAGGUGCGUGCUUUCAAGCCGUACAAUGGGCGCAUGUUCUCGUCGUUGAAAGAAGAGCAGCUGGAUCGCUUCCGAACUCAUAUCUUCACGGAGUUCUUUGCGAGAAGCCAAGCGAGUCAAGACUUGUUCAAACAGUCGCAAUCGAGAUUGCGGUACAUUGCAGACAGGGUUUUGCAGUCGUCCUAUGACAUGUUCCACAAGAACAAAGAUGAGACUCUGGAUGAUUUGUCUGCCUUGGGAUUGCGCCAUGUAGGCUAUGGCAUUCCCAUCGAGCUUUUUGGACCCUUCGUGGAGGUUUGCGUCAACGUCAUGCAUCCCUUGAUCCAGGAGUUCCCCAAUGAUUGUGUAAGUACGAAGAUGGUUUGGUGCCCCAAGGACAAGGCGCAUCAAAUCCAGGAGAAGGAGAUUCCAGAGCACAUGAUGAUUGAAGGCUUCCGCUGGUCCAUUGGUUUGACAGCCCGGGUUUUGGUGCGCACUAUCAUGGAUGGCUCAACCGCUGUAAUGCAAGCCAUUCACUUCGACGAUUCCAAACGCCUUCGUCGGGCCUUGCUGGAUGCUCCGAGGGUGGAAAGAGCCAUAUGGCAGCUGGCGGUGCAAGUGGGAAGCCAAUCCAUUUCACCCUUGUUUUGGUCACUCAGGAGUGGUGCCCAUGACACUGCCAAGUUCAUGAUCCAAGAUGUACUGACCAUCCGGGCGGACAGAGAUCACUACUACUAUGGUGCAGAUGAACUGUUUAGGUAUCAGCCCAACAUCGCGGACAACAUCCUACGGGAGGCACCCUUUUUAGCUGAAACUUUGCUCGAGGGCUUGAUUUGGCGCUCCCACAAGAGCCAGGACAAUCUGCGACCCGUGAUCUACUACCUGAAGCACAUGCUUCAAGACAUGGACGAAGAACAGAUGCUCUCCCGUGCGCUGAUCAGCUACGUUCGUUUCAAUCAUCCUCAGCCCUUUGGCCGAGCCUGUGAGCCGAGUUGGGAGCCGACCAUCAUGCAUCCGAUCCUCACCUUUUCCUUGGACCUGCUCUGGGAGAAGCUCGCAAAGCGAUUCUUUUUGAUGGAUCGCGUGCUGACGAUGUUCAAUUGCAUUAUCUUUAUCCUGGCCGAAUGCAUUCUGAACGCCCCUACCUUGAUGGAUCAUCUGGUGAUCAAAGUGUUGGCGGGUGGGCGAUUUUUGGUCUACUCUGUGGGAUUUUGCCGCUUGCUCUACUGGCAUUCGGUGCAAUGCUGCAGGGCCUGUAAAGAUGGUGCGUUGACCCGAAUCUGCGGUGUGAAGAUCCCGCAGUACCUCACCAGGAGCUCGGAUAUCCUCAGCCUCCUGCUGAUGAUGGACUUGCUGGCGAUGAUGACUGUGGAGCCUAUGUUCCAUUGCAUGGGCAAGCCAGAGGAGCAUCCGGAGCAUGAAGGGUUGGGCCUCAUCCAGUACAGAUGUGAAGAGUGGACGGACGAGAUGAGUCUCCUCUACGAAAUUUUCGUCAUCCUGGGGGUUUUCCUGUACGUCAUUUUAAUCCUCGAGGUCGGCAGCAUCUCCGUGAAGCUGUCGGAAUAUCGCGUGCUCUGUCUUCACGCCAUUGAGCAGGUGCUGCUGUGCUUCGGCGUGGUCCUUCUGGCCAUUUUCACCUUCUCCUUCGCCAUCAGCGGCAUGACCCGUGAGGCUGGGAGGGAUGGGGAUGGCAGACCCUUGCCCAUUUGGCAAGUGGGGAAUUCAAGAAUUCAUCAUCAAAGAUAA